AUGGGGCACGAGGGCGGUGACGACGUGUGUGCGAUGGAUCUGGAUGGGGUGGAUAAGCUCGUCCACCUGACUGGCGGCACUGAUGGUAAGUCAGGCAAGCCACUACACCUCACCACACUGAUCAGAGGUCAUUCUGUGCCAUGUGUGUGUCGUGCUGUGUGCAGAGUUCGUCUGUCAUUCGAGUGGCGCCGCUGACGUGACUCACGUCAACGGCACACCGGACAUCUGGGCGGACCAAGGUAGCCUCCUACACCGCACCACACACAGACACCGUGACAGCUGAAGUCACCCCCGCCUCUCUCUCGGUGUGUGUCUCUGCCCCUGGCCUCUUUGUUUGCUCCAUCUCUCCAGGUUGUCAUUCGGUGAGUUCAGCUGUUGGUCCCUCCAUCCCCGGCCAAGACGGCCCACAACUCGUUCACGUCGCCUCCCUCUAG